CGAUCAUCUUCGAAGACUUCGGGACUUUUUACGACGCCUUUCAAUAAGUCUCUGGAAGAUGCCUCCCCAUGUCCUGUCCUCUCCAAAUCCUUCUCUUGGUAUUGCAGGCUCAGGUGCACUGGUGCGCGUCCCGACCUUGUCUGCCCGGAAGACAAUGCUGGCGGCCAGUCUCGGUGGUCUUGGAGUAGGAAAAAAAGGAUGCCCUGGAGAAAGCAAUCGGGGAACCAGUCCGAAUGUCCUGGAAAAGCUCUGCCGCCAGGUCGCGGGACCUGCCGUGACCGGCCCGGGGCCGGAUUGUCGGCCUUGGCUCGCACAGGAAUAGCUCUCCGCAUAUGCGGAGGAUGUCGACUUCAAUGGCUGCUAAAGCGGCGGGGAUUCACCCACUAAUUACAGCAAACACUGCUCAAUUGCUCCUGCACCUUCGCAUCCCCGUCAAUGCAUUCGCAGCAACCACCCCCAGACCUUGACCUGCAGCGGCCGUUGGCCCACCCCUGGGAGCGUCGAUGCACCCUCCUGACUGGCCAGAGGCCAACCACAUCGACCAGCCUCAAGAUCGUGCCAAGACUGUUCCAUCAUCCACCUUGCCUUUCCGCUGCGGAACCCGUCCAUUCGCACAACCUUGUAUCUUGCCACGUUUUCGUCUGUGCAUUGUAUGCAUUGUGCGAGGUUAAUUGGCUUACGACUGAACCCUGCACCUGGACCUGCAAGAGGCUUGAAAAGGAGGCUUUUCAACUCCUUUUUCCAUGGCAUAGCACCAUCUUUGCCAAUUGCCAUUUGCCAUGGCUUCCUAACGUCUACAUGCUUGCACCGAGAUGCGAACAGACCGGUCUAGGUCCUUUUUCUUGGCAAGAUCGCCGUCAUCGCCUCAUCCGUCAGACACGCCCCCCAACCCACCGACGGAUCAAAGAUGUGUCCCGGCAUCAGGGUGUUACGUUUUCCUGGGGUCUUUUCGGGCCCUCUUCCCUACGAUCCACUUGCUCGCUCUUUCUUUCCUGGCCCAGGCGUUCCCCUGCUCGCGUCGAUCCCACCAUUUCGUCCCGACGGAAUCGACGGGAGAGCGCGGAUCAUGGACGACAAUCGGCGGCAGGACCAAGGUUCUGGAUGAGCACGCCACCUUAACAUCGCUCAUAAGGCUGCGCGGCCUGUCCAGCUUCAGAAGAGCGGAACAGGUAACCCGUUAAUCCAGCAAAACCCGCUGUGGGUGAGGGGAAGGUGUCGCGAGGAGGGGUCGACGCUGACAAAGAAGGGCGGAGCCCUCAGUUGGUGUGGGAGAAAGGGGGGG